AUGGGCAAGGGAAAGAGAGCACAUACAAUUAGUAUACCAAGUAUCAAUUUGACAGCACCAAAGUCAUCUUCUGAUCACUCUUAUGCCCCUUCCAACUUCAUCAUUGGCUCCCUUACCAAAUCCAAUUCUGAAAAAACAGUUGCUGCACCUGGUUCUUUUGUCAAGAAUACAACUGAAAGAUGGCAACCACCUCGCAAACCCAAGAUGAAAUACGAUGACUUGGAGCACAAAAUAGAGGCUGCUCCACUCUACGUUCUUGUCAGUACUUAUCUUAAUUACUUUGUCUUAAUUCUCUUUGGCCAUUUGAGAGAUAUUCUUGGAAAAAUGUUCAAACCUCAAGCAUAUAGUCAUUUAAAGAUGAAUCAGGGUUAUGCUCCUCUUGUUUCUGAUUUUGAUUCCUUCUAUACGCGUAGACUUUAUAUAAGAAUUCGAUUAACAGGCACCACAACAGAAGCCUUGAACUUUGCUUCUUACAAUUACUUGGGUUUUUCCGAUAACAAAGGACCGUGUGCUGAUGCUGUUGAGCAGUCGACUCAAGAAUUAGGCAUCUCCACCGCUAGCCCUCGUGCAGAAGCAGGCACUACCAAAUUAGCCCAUGAAUUGGAAAGAAUGGUCGCUCGUUUUGUUGGCAAAGAAAGUGCUAUGUGUGUCAGUAUGGGCUUUGCAACCAAUUCUACUACCAUUCCUUCCCUUGUUGGAAAGGGUUGUUUGGUUAUUUCUGAUGAAAUGAAUCAUGCAUCCAUUGUGUUUGGUGUUCGUCUUUCGGGUGCUUCUGUUCGUGUGUUUAAACAUAACAAUAUGGACGAUCUUCGUGAAUUAUUAAGAGAAGUCAUCUCUCAAGGCCAACCUCGUACACACCGUCCUUGGAAAAAGAUUUUGGUCAUUGUUGAAGGUCUUUACUCCAUGGAAGGCACUAUUGUCAACCUUCCCGAGCUUAUUGAAUUGAAGAAAGAAUUCAAGUUUUAUUUAUAUGUUGAUGAAGCACAUUCUAUUGGUGCCCUUGGUGAAAAUGGUGGUGGUGUCUGUGAUUUUUAUGGCUGUGAUCCUGCAGAUGUUGAUAUUCUCAUGGGCACAUUUACAAAAUCCUUUGGUGCUGCCGGUGGAUAUAUCGCUGGUGAUAAAGCUAUCAUUGAUCAUAUUCGCUUGCGCAAUCAUGCUUAUAAUUAUGCUGAACCUAUAUCUGUACCUGUUGCUCAGCAGGUCAUCACUUCUAUGAAGAUUAUCUGUGGUGAAGACGGUACUGAUAUUGGUCGUAAGAAGAUUAAGCAAUUGGCCGAAAACUCUCUUUACUUUAUUGAACGUUUAAGAGAGAUGGGAUUCAUUGUUUAUGGUGAUCAAGGCAGUCCUGUCAUUCCUCUAUUACUGUUCAAUCCUGCUAAAAUUCCCGCCUUCUCCAGAGAAUUAUUGAAGCGUGGUAUUGCCACCGUGGUGGUAGGUUAUCCUGCCACUCCAAUUAUCACUUCUCGUACCCGCUUCUGCAUAUCCUCAGCUCAUACCAAAGAAGAUCUUGACAGAACUUUAGAAGCUGUCAGCGAAGUUGGAGACCUUUUACUUUUGAAAGUUAACAAAGACGCUUCCAAAUAG